UUCAGUUGUAAAACUUUGCAGCACAAACACAACAAUUUCAAUUACAAUUCGUUUUGUCUAAAAUCCAGUAAAAUGAAUCGCACGUUGGAGAACGUUAUACAGCAGCACGUGGCCAAUACGGAGCGCAUUACGGCCGAGAAUACGCUGGGCUAUGUGAUCUCUGACAAUACCACAGGUGUGGUCGCUGCAUCUUCGUUCGACAACACCAGUGCCCAGGCGAUUGUCAAGCAUAUGAAUGGGCUGCUCGUGGGCGUGGCGCAGAGCGUUGUGCGCGACAUAGAUCCGACCAACAAGCUCUGCUAUAUGCGUGUGGUCACACGCAAACAUGAGUUCCUAAUAGCGCCAGAGGAUAUUUUUACUAUAACAGUGUUGCAGUAAAAUUUAGUUGCUAACUUUAGUGUUUGAGUAAAAUCGUUCAAGUAAAAGCAUUUGGGUUUGGUUUGCUUAAAUCAACAAUACGAUUACAAUGGGCUGGCUGGCAGACCGAAAAUCCUUUAUAAUA